AUGUCCUACACCACAAAAUCUGAAGUUAACCCGUGUUCUGGGGCGGCGUGUAUGAACGGAGGCACUUGCAAUGACCUAGGCAAUGGCACCUUCUCUUGUAACUGCACUGAUGAUUACGAGGGUGAUACAUGUGACACUCGUAAUCCGUGCUUACUAGAGUAUUGUGUGAAUGGCGAAUGUUAUAUAUUAAAUAACAUUGCAACCUGUAAUUGUACUGGAACCGGAUAUGAUGGUAGUGCCUGUGAACAAGAUAUUGAGAAUCCAGUUCUAACAUGCCCAGGCAGCUAUUCUGCCAACACACCACCGGGAGAAGCAACCAAAACUGUAGAAGAAUUCAACGUUACAGUUGAAGAUAAUUCUGGUGAAACACCUGUCAUUACCUCCGAUUUUCCAGUUAAUGGUACAUUUGGUAUUGGUCUCACUGUGGUUACAUACCAAGCAACUGAUUCUUCCAGUAACGGAGGAAUGUGUACUAUUACAGUCACUAUAUAUGACAUGGAAAAUCCAAACAUAACCUGUCCAACAAGUGAAACGGUAAUGACUGAUGACGGUCUACCAACUGCAGUGUACAAUUACACAGUGGUCGUUUUAGACAACUCAGAUGAGGCCAUAUCACCUGUAUGUUCCAUGCAAUCUGGUUUUCCUUUUCCAAUCGGUGAAACAAUAGUGGAGUGUAAUGCAACAGAUUCAUCUAACAAUUCUGCUUCAUGCAGUUUCAUGGUCAAUGUUGAAGACCAGGAACCUCCAGUCAUCAAUUGUCCUAGUAACAUUUUCAUGCAGAGUGCUGUUGGAGUUUCCAGCUUACUUGUAAUCUGGGACCAAGUGAACGCAACUGAUAAUUCACAGAAUCCGCCUACGAUUACAUCCAACUACAACAGCAACAAUUCCUUUCCUGUUGGUAUUACAGAAGUAAACUUUGAUGCAACUGACGGUUCUGGCAAUUUAGCAAAUUGCUCAUUUACUGUUACAAUUGAAG